AUACCUGUAGAAUUAAGGUUGUAUGCGUACGAAACACAACACACUCCUCGUUUCAAACUUUUUCUAUAAGAAAUGUAAGCAUUUAUUAAUAUGAUAGUGUACUUUUAUAUAAAAGCACAAAACUUACCUUAUCGAAUGUAAGGCGCAGUCUGAGCUUGCUACCGAUACUGUUUGUAAUUUAGCCUGAAGAACAUUAUACUUGUACUCUAUUAUGUGCAACUAAUGGACUGACAUCUCUACUUGUGUGACAGUUCUUUGCUAUCUGCCUACAUUCUAUGUAUAUAAGGCUGGCUGGCCUGCAAGAUAAGCCAAAGCCAUUUUCCUCCCGAUUUCUAGGUAUAUGUGUAGCUCUAUAAAAUGCUGGACAUGCAUUGUGUGGCCUACCAGAGUUCAACUGGAGUUUGGUUCAAAAUGAAGUAUAUUGCCUUUGUUGCCAUCGCCAUUCUGCUGAGUCUGUCCAGGAGUCGUUGUUGGGUGGACGCCAAGCCAGAGAUGUGCCAGCAGCCUUCGGCGAUGGCGGGCAUGGCACAGGAUGGAGCUGCCUGUUUGGCUUAUAUGCCAGUUUGGACAUAUGAUGCCUCCAAGAACGCCUGCACCGAAUUCAUGUUCGGUGGCUGCGGUGGAAACUCCAAUCAGUUCUCUAACCAGAGAGAAUGCGAAAAGGCCUGCAAGGACUAGGGAAGCACCGAAACGGGCAAAACCCAAGACAUGAAACGAAAACAAUUUUGUAACCCAAAAGCCAAAACAAACAACCGGCAAUCUUGUUUCGCAAAUAUUGCAAACAAAAUAAAAACUUUACUAUACUAUCAA